GCUACUCAAACCUGAAAAAAUAGGAGCAAGUUUCCACAGAAGGACUUAGAAAUGCUGUUCCAUGGGAUGAGUGCCGAUUUCACGAGCGAGAAUUUUUCAGCUGCCUGGUACCUCACAGAGAACCACUCGACUACCAGCUUUGAACAGCUCAAGAUGGCAGUCGCCAACCUCAAGAGACAGGCUAACAAGAAGAGCGAGGGCAGUCUGGCCUACGUGAAAGGGGGUCUCAGCACAUUCUUCGAAGCACAAGACGCCCUUUCAGCAAUCCAUCAAAAACUAGAAGCGGAUGGAACGGAAAAAGUAGAAGGAUCCAUGACGCAAAAACUGGAGAAUGUUCUGAACAGAGCAAGUGAUACUGCGGACACGUUGUUUCAAGAAGUAUUAGGUCGAAAGGACAAGGCAGAUUCCACUAGAAAUGCACUCAAUGUGCUUCAGCGAUUUAAGUUUCUGUUCAACCUUCCUCUAAAUAUUGAAAGGAAUAUUCAAAAGGGUGAUUAUGAUGUGGUUAUUAAUGAUUAUGAAAAGGCCAAGUCACUCUUUGGGAAAACGGAGGUGCAAGUUUUCAAGAAAUAUUAUGCUGAAGUAGAAACACGGAUCGAAGCUUUAAGAGAAUUACUUCUGGAUAAAUUGCUUGAGACACCUUCGACCUUGCAUGACCAAAAACGUUAUAUAAGGUAUCUGUCUGACCUCCACGCCCCGGGUGACCCUGCCUGGCAGUGCAUCGGAGCCCAGCACCAGUGGAUCCUUCAGCUCAUGCACACCUGCAAAGAGGGCUUCGUGAAAAACCCGAAAGGUAACCCAGGCCUGCACAGCCCCAUGCUGGAUCCUGACACUGACGUCCGUCCCUCGGUGUUGGGCCAUCUCGGCCAGACAGCGUCACUGAAGAGGGGCAGCAGCUUUCAGUCUGGCCAAGAUGACACGUGGAGAUACAAAACUCCCCACAGGGUGGCAUUUGUUGAAAACUUGACCAAGCUCGUCAUAAGUCAGCUGCCUAACUUCUGGAAACUCUGGAUUUCAUACGUUAAUGGCAGCCUUUUCAGUGAGACUGCUGAGAAGUCAGGCCAGAUUGAAAGAUCAAAGAACGUAAGACAAAGACAAAAUGAUUUUAAGAAAAUGAUUCAGGAAGUGAUGCACUCGCUUGUGAAGCUGAUCCGCGGGGCCCUGCUCCCACUCAGCAUCUGGGACGGCGAGGCGCGGCAGUACGGGGGCUGGGAGGUGAAGUCCGAGCUCUCCGGACAGUGGUUCACGCACGUCAUCCAGACCAUCAGGCUUACUUAUGAAUCGUUGACUGCCCUUGAAAUUCCCAACGACAUGUUGCAGACGAUCCAGGAUCUCAUUUUGGAUCUCCGAGUACGCUGCGUGAUGGUCACAUUGCAACACACAGCAGAAGAGAUAAAGAGAUUAGCUGAAAAGGAAGACUGGAUUGUUAAUAAUGAAGGACUGACUUCUCUACCGUGUAAGUUUGAACAGUGCAUCGUGCGUUCCCUACAGUCCCUGCAGGGCAUUCUCGAGUGCAAGCCCGGAGAGGCCAGCGUUUUUCAACAACCGAAAACACAGGAGGAGGUUUGCCAACUAAGCAUCAGUAUUAUGCAGGUUUUUAUAUACUGUCUGGAACAAUUGAGCACCAAACCGGAUGCAGAUAUAGAUACUACACAUCUUUCCAUUGACGUGUCUUCCCCUGAUUUGUUCAGAAGUAUCCAUGAAGACUUCAGCUUGACCUCUGAACAGCGAAUUUUGAUAGUCCUAAGUAACUGCUGCUAUCUAGAACGCCACACCUUCCUAAACAUAGCAGAACAUUUUGAGAAGCACAACUUCCAGGGAAUAGAAAAAAUAACACAGGUUAGCAUGGCAACGCUGAAAGAACUGGACCAAAGGCUCUUCGAAAAUUACAUUGAGUUGAAAGCAGAUCCCAUUGUUGGCUCCUUGGAACCUGGAAUCUAUGCAGGCUAUUUUGAUUGGAAAGAUUGCCUGCCUCCAACAGGUGUCAGAAACUAUUUAAAAGAAGCGUUGGUGAAUAUAAUUGCCGUGCACGCAGAGGUGUUCACUGUCUCCAAAGCGCUGGUGCCCCGCGCACUGUCCAAGGUGGUAGAAGCAGUUUCCGAGGAGCUCAGCCGACUGAUGCAGUGUGUUUCCACCUUCAGCAGAAACGGAGCAUUGCAGGCGAGACUCGAAAUCUGUGCCUUGAGGGAUACCGUGGCUCUUUACCUGACUCCUGAAAGCAAGUCCAGUUUUAAGCAGGCGCUGGAAGCCCUGCCUCAGCUUUCAAGUGGAGCAGAUAAAAAGUUACUGGAAGAGCUUCUGAACAAGUUCAAGAGCAGCAUGCACUUGCAGCUCACCUGCUUCCAAGCAGCUUCUUCAACUGUGAUGAAAACAUAAAUCCCUGCCAAUAAGGGCAGUCCAGAGAGAUGACAAGUCAUAAACUGUUCACUUUUCUAAGUGCCCUAAAGGUAUUGGUUAUCAAAACAUUGGGUUUGCAAUAUCUGCGUCUCCCUCUUGUUGUUUUUUCCUUUUCCUUAUUUGGUAGCUUAGAAAGAUGUUAGUAUAAGUUUUAUUUCAACCAAAAUGACCUUAUUUGAAAUGCCCAAGCAGUAUUUGUUUCACCGUUUUUAUUAAAUUAGAUCCUGUAUGACUGUUUAAAAUACCUUUUAAAAUACAUUUUGCGUCUUAGCUAGGUGUUGCAUGGUGAAUGCUGCAGGAAGAGCUGCUUCUGCAGGGGGUGUUUCGAGACGGCGUGGUGUGUGCCGAAGCGUUUCUCAGUGUCCCGUUUACUGGAUGUUAGUGUGGGAAGCUCCCAGGACACACGGAGAGAUUGACAAGCAGAGAUUCGGGAAGUUAUGUUUAGCUAUCUCCGGAGCUUUAACUGUCCUGAACUGUACAGCUGUCUUUAAAAACUUUAUUUCAUAGAAAUGGCCCUAAGUCCCCUAAUUCAAGUAGGCUUUUAGAAAAAUCUGUGGUCUGCAUUUUUAAAAAAUGUCAUGAUUGGGGUAGAUUGUUGGUGGUUCGGAUGUCCAUGGAUUAAUUUUUCAUUUUGCUCUAAUUUUUAUUUUUCCGGGUGCUGAACACUAAGCCCUUCUCAGUGUAGCUUGCCCAGCCCCCACUCUGGGUGCGCGUCACUCCACAUCAGCGCCUUGUGGCCCGAGGCCCCGCGUGUCUGCCGCGGCCCAUGGGUGCUGGCACCGCACUCACACGCACGGCGGGCCCCUGAAGAGCAGGCCAGGCCCGUGGGAGUGGACGGGCCCUCCCGGCCCUGUCCACACCUUCCCCCGGCAGUCGAUGUUCUCUCUGCCACUUCUCACCCUCUGAACCGUCUCGCUCAGUGGCUGAAACAAUGCCGCUCUGGCACAGUCUGUGUUUUCUGAAGAUUCGAGACACCCCUUGGUCACCAGGCGGUGGGCUCUGCAGAUCAGCCAUGUCCAUUUGUCCCACAUUCACGGAUG